GUCGGGCCCGCAUUACUACGAUCUGCAAGCAGCUUUCAACGCAAUUGCGCGAUACAUAUCAACGAUGGACUGGGACAACCCUGCAGAGCUGUUCGCUGGUAAUUGUCAACUGUGUCCUCGUCCUCGCGUCCGUUCGUGCCCACCUUCAGAGCGACGAGUCCGUGCCACAAACUCUCCCUUGGAGCGACGAGCACGGUCUCCUGGGUGAUAUCGGAGAUAUCUCUCCUACAGACUUGUUUCCAUCACCGCAUAUUCAAGAUUAUGAUCAUGGAGGAAUGUCAAUACAUGCGCCUGGAACCUUUGCUAUUGACGAAGCAAACGCGGCUUUGGGAAUCAUCGAUACGCCUGGGACGAUGGAAGAUAUAGGAAUUGAUCAGGGACAAGCUGGGACAAGAGUUCCGGGGCCAGAUGAGACGCAGGACGAUGAAGGCUUGGAGGCGGAACCUGUUGAGAGUCAUACUCACGAAGAUGGAGAUGGGUCGGACGCUGCAAAGAGCGAUGAUGAAAAUGGUGUGGAGGAGGAGCAACCGCAGGGAGAGAGAGUUUCUGAGGAUAAUGUCAAUGGGGAAGGCAAAGACAUAUCUCACAUGGGACAGAAAACGCUUCCAACUCCCACCAUGACAAAGCGGUCGAGGAGCCGCAAUCCCUCACAGCACGCUUCAUCGAUGAGCGCAAAGGAACAAAAGUCGACCGCGGCGUCCACCCCUGGGGAAGGUCGCUCCAUGCGUACCCGUGAAAAACACACAGAUUACAAGGCAUUGCUUGCUGGACCUUCCAUUACUAGGAAGCUGGUGCCACCCAAGAAACCAGGCUAUAAUGAAAAAGGCCAACGCGUAUGGUGUAUAUGCAGACAGCCGGAUUCUGGAAAAUUCAUGAUUCAAUGCGACAAUUGCUCCGAAUGGUUCCAUGGAUCGUGCGUGGGAUUAACGAAAAAGGCAGGCGAGAAGCUUACCACGUACACAUGUCCGCCAUGCUCUGUUUUGAUUUCGGGAGCAAAUCAUCAACCGCCUGGUUUACCGUCGUCCAAGAAAGCCCAAGAAACGGGAUCCCAAGUCGGGUCCAAAGGCCCGAGUCCAAAGCAGACUAGCUCGCGAAGAGCCAGUAAGAUAGGCGCUAGCAGAGAUCCCACUCCGUCUCCCGUACCGGAAUCGAAAAGCAAGUUUGGGGAUGCAACGCAUGACCACUCUGAGAAGCGACCGUCGACAUCGCAAGUAUGCUCGACGAAGUGUGCACACAAGCCUUGCUUGAACUCCGCCAAGGGCACAGACAUCCCUGAAAACAAAGCUGGCACUGAGACCUUCUGCAGCACCGCAUGCGCGAAUCGGCACGUCACUGCUGAACGUUCUCGCAUUGAGGAAGAUCGAGCGGCAGCGCUCGCUUCCGCAAAAGUGCAGGGCAACAUCCCUCCCAGCCAAUUCUUCGGCGUCCCCAUCGCCCCUGCUGGAUCCGGGAGCAUCGCUGCCAACAAUAUCAUGACCAGUCUCACGCCUAUCGCGUCGGCUGCUCCACCGAAACUUACUCCUCCGGCCUGGACGCAGGAGCCAGUGCGUCGUAUGGCUCGCAAAGGAUUUCUGGAAACGUUCACUGGAAUCUUUGCGGAAGCAAAAGAGAAUACAGAAGAUUACGCCGAUGUUGAGAUUAAGGUGAAUCUGGAAGAUCCGCAAGCAUUUGUGGCCGGUUUAGAGGAGGCAAUGUAUGAAGCCUGGGCGACACCGAAGAAGAAUGCCCCGGGGGUCGUGGAAUGUGCGGAACCCUACAAAAACAAAUAUCGCUCCCUGCAAUUCAAUCUCAAAGACAAAGCCAACCUCCGCCUCCGCCGCCUUGUCGUUAGCGGCGAUGUAACCCCUGAGGAGCUGGUCCGGCUUGCACCACAGGAAUUGGCGAACGACCAAGUCCAAGCAGCUGCAGCCGAAUACCGCCGCAAAGCGCUUCGCGAAGCCAUACGUGUCAACACAGAGCCAGUUGGCGUGGUCGUGAAAAAAACGCACAAGGGAGAUAUUGAGGUUGUGCGCACCGAAAGUGGAAAUAAUCUGAUGAUGGACGAAGGGAUGCCGAUCUCGGCAGUUAGCGACUUUGCUAGAAGCGUCGAUGAUGAAGGGUCCAACACGCCGCUGUCGAGCUCUGUCAAGUCGCCGUGGACACCCGACGGGGCUGAUACUGACUCCGAAGACCAACGAUCUUCCGACUUGAAGCGUGAGAAAGAUGCGCGGGAUGCCGAUGAGGCGGAUGUAGAUCGCGCGUCGAAGAGAGCCAGAUUGGACUUGAGCAACGGCGACGGAGAUUCGAUCUCGAAAAAGGAGGUGGCCAUGGAUGUCGUUGAUAGCUCUCCAACCGCGACCAACGCGAACAUCGGAACAUCGGAACAUCGGGCAGUUACUUCAGUCGAUCAUUCGCCUGCUGACGCUGACGCUGCCACUGAGCGUGAAGACGAUGAUGGGGAGGCACCUCGCACCGAGCUGAUUCUAGAAGGUGACGCUGCCGGCGAUGACUAUGGUUAUGGCGCCUAUGAUUACGACGACCCCACAACGGCUGACGGAAAUCCGAUGGAGGUUGACCCGAUCCUGGAUCUCGGCCCUACCGACCUGAAUGCCACGGUUUGGACGGGCCGCAUCCAUAUGCCUCAAGUAGCGAAAUUCACCGCUUCGUGUCGUCAAGUUGGAGGGCGGCUUGUGGGCGGUGUCAAGACUUGGGAAGACCUGUUGCCAGCCACCAUUUCCAUCGAUGGAAGGGUUGCGCCAAAUGUUGUUGAGAAGUAUUUGCGGGAGCAAAGGUUUUCUGGCGGCAAGCAGGUGGUCGUGGUUGAGAUCCUCCCACCUGGUGAGGGAGAGGGGGCGAAUGGGGCGAAUGCAUUGAAAGACGCGACUGCAGAUGCGAUGGAUACGUCAACGGAAAGUAUGUCCGCUGCCGCAAACUUGGAGAACUACAACUCCCUUUUCAAUUACUUCCGCUCUCGCAAUCGCUGGGCUGUCGUUGGCCAUCACUAUGUGUCCAUCAAAGACAUGUAUUUUUCGCCUCUUGGCAAAGACGAUCCUAUACCGCCCUGUAUAGCCGAUCUGGACGACCAUCGUCUCCCUGAAGCGCCGAGAGAGGCUGACAAGCUUUACGGUGUCAUCAUCUUGUCGAAGGACUUUGGAGGCGGAGGUCACGUUGAGUGGGAGGUGCGGGACCGGGAGAAGGAGAGGAACGAGCAGAGGCAGAGACGAUCAAGAACGAACUCCGAGACGGAGGCAUCUGUUUUGACACUUCCAACCUCGUCUGCAUCUGCCUUCGACAAGGCCCCAUCCCCACCCAAGGCGGUUGCCCCUGCUCUUCCGCCAGCCUUUGCUUCCUUGGCCAGUUUGUCUGGCACGAAUAUUCCCGGCUUGGACCCGGCGGUGAACAUGUCACCCAUCACGCCUGCAUCCGGACAACCAAAGCCUGCUCCUUCAAAACCCAGUUUGCUGGACACGUAUGCGAAAGCACUUGGACAGACCGAUCAGCCACCCCCGCCGUUGCCCGGGAUGCCAAGUGAUCCGCGAACGCGCCGAACAUCGGCUUCCGGCCCACCAACGGUACACCCUGCACCAACUCAUGGCAAGCCUGAUCAACAAUCACAACCAGCGUUCAACAUUUUGGACCUGCUCUCCAACCCGGCGCAGAUGAGCAUGAUUUCGAAAUUGCUGGCCCAAGUUGGAAACGGUCCAAGCAUCCCCGGCACGACAGCGAAUGUCGCGGGUUUAGCGGAUAAUGCAGCCCCCGCUCCCACUUCAGGCGUCGGAGUGGGCACCAGCAAUCUUACUGCUUCGAACUCCACAUUAGCUGCCUUGCUUGCAACGGCAAAUUCACUGGGAUCGCCCACAGGCGCUACACUAGGGUUGUCGACUACUCCUCUGAAUGUCCCUAGCACACUGUCAGCGACGCUUCAAUCCCCAGGCAAUCCCGCUGGACCUGGUAUACCGGCAUAUCACCAAGCCCAGCAACACCAGCGACCCCCGUUCCCUCAUCCACUCCAACAAACCACCCAGCCUCAACAGCCGUCGCAGCGUGGUGGACCGUAUGGGGCACCAUCGCAGCUUGGACGGGGAUACGCACCGGGGCAAGAUCAAGACCAACAAUCGAAUAUGAGCCGGCCUGGUGGCGGUCGCGCUGAUGGGAGCAGGGGAGGAAGGGGACAAGGGAGGAGGUCACGCUGGGAAUAGCGUGUAAAAUGUACAUCAGAACAACUCAUUGAUAUGUAUGCAUUGUGUGUAAGCUUUUUGAGAUGGGGUUGGCUGGGAUAGGUUUGAACCGUAGUAUUACUAUAUUGGAACUUGUUUUAAGAUCCAUCGCCUCGUAAUUUCAAUGAGAGGUGCACAUCCUCAGGUCGAUAAAAAUCCGGUCAUUACAGCCUCAA